GUUUAAUCUAAACUAUAAACAAGUGACGGGAUGAGAGGUCGAAGCGAGAAACCGGUUGAAUAACAGCACGGUUGUACGUUUGGCUGUGAUUAAGUGCCUCCAAUGGCUGGCCGGCUGCUGAAAGUGUCAUCUGUUGCAGCGGCAGUGGUGGCGUCGUCAGGCUUCUACCUCUACAACAACAAACAACUGGACCCCAAUGACAUCAGCCUGGUCCGCUUCGGGAGGGCCGCAGCUACGACUGCCGUGAUCAGCUAUGACUACAUGACAUCUCUGAAACAUGUGGAGUAUGGAUCAGAGGAAUACUGGGCGCUCAAAUCCCAGGUGCACCGUCGGUCAGCUGAGAGACUGCGUAACCUGUGCUGCGCCAACCGAGGCACCUUCAUCAAGGUGGGUCAACACCUGGGAGCCCUUGACUACCUCCUACCUGAGGAGUACACCUCCACCCUCAAAGUCCUGCACAGCAGAGCACCGCAGAGCUCUAUGGAGGAGAUUCAGCAGGUCAUCAGAGAAGACCUGGGGAAGGAGCUCUCUGAUCUGUUCAUCUCCUUCGAUGAGAAACCCCAGGGCGCAGCGUCGCUGGCCCAGGUCCACAAGGCAGUGUUGCAUGAUGGUAGGACGGUGGCUGUGAAGGUCCAACACCCCAAGGUCCAGACACAGAGCUCUAAGGACAUCGUGGUCAUGGAGGUCCUGCUGAACAUGGUCCACUGGCUGUUUCCAGACUUUGCCUUCAUGUGGCUGGUGGAGGAGGCUAAGAAGAACAUGCCUGCAGAGCUGGACUUCCUCAACGAGGGACGCAACGCUGAGAAGGUGGCGGUCAUGCUCGCACACUUCCCCUGGCUCAAGGUACCUAAGAUCCACUGGGACCUGUCUACCAGGCGGAUCCUGACCAUGGACUUUGCCGAGGGAGGCCAGGUCAACGACAGAGACUAUAUGAGGAGACACGGCAUCAACGUCAAUGAGAUUUCUCAGAACUUGGGGAAGAUGUACAGUGAGAUGAUAUUUGUGCAUGGCUUCGUCCACUGUGACCCCCACCCAGGCAACGUGUUGGUGAGGAGGUGUCCCAACACCAAGAAGACUGAGAUUGUCUUACUGGACCACGGCCUGUAUCAGAUCCUGCUGCCAGACUUCCGGCUAAACUAUUGUCGUCUGUGGCAGUCCCUGAUUAAGGGGGACCUGAAUGGGAUCGAGAGGUACAGCCGAUGCCUGGGUGCGGGGGACCUCUACCCCCUCUUCGCCUGUGUCCUCACCGCACGCUCCUGGACCUCUGUCAAUGCAGGCGUCGGCAACACCCCCGUCACACACUCUGAGGACGUGGAGAUCAGGUCGAACGCAGCUCUCUACCUACCCCAGAUCAGUGACCUGCUGAACCGCGUGCCCCGUCAGAUGCUGCUGCUACUGAAGACCAACGAUCUUCUCCGAGGCAUUGAGACCACCCUGCAGACCAGAGCCGCCUCCUCCUCCUUCAUCAACAUGUCCCGAUGCUGCACCCGGGCUGUAGCCAGGCACAAGCGGAGCAAGGCGCAGUCGAGGGCACGCCGUCUCCAGAUCACCAUGUCGGAGUCUCUGACCCUUUGGCAAAUCAGCCUGUACGAACUGUUCCUGUGGGUCAAGGGCUCAACGCUAGGAGGCUGGGUCGGCUCACUGCUCAGCUGUCUACACUACACACACUGAUCGGAGAAGAGAAGCAACGACGCAGACACGCAUGAAGACACACACACACAGUUACAGACAGACACAUACACACUUAUGGGCAUACGCAUGCACACACACUUAGUGUACACACGCAUACCCUCACACUACGGCGUACACAAAUAGGGCCUUUGGGAUGCAGAGUCAUGAAGACACACCAACAAAACUUGACACAAAUGCAUACGCGCAAACACACACACAGUUGACACACACACACACACACGCACAGUCAGGCAAUCCGCUCCAAACGCACGGAGACAGUAUAACCACUGUGCAAACUGAUGGAUAGACAGAGGUUGGUAUCAAUAGAAGAGACAGACAGAAAAGAAAAUAGAAAAGAAAGUGACUGGGUCAAUUGUCUGGUACUGCUCUGCUAGUCCAUUGGAUGAAGAGGGAAGUUCAGGAGCAGUUUGUGCUCAGCCAUGACUAUCCUACGGAGUGCUGUAAGUGAUUGUUGUGAAUACAUGUACUGUCAAAUAAUAUCAGUUAUAUUUUCUUUAAACAAAGUGCCCGCUGAAUGUAUACUGAGCAAAAAUAUAAACGCAACAUGCAACAAUUUCAAAGAUUUUACUGAGUUACAGUUCAUAUAAGGAAAUCGGUCAAUUGAAAUUAAUUCAUUAAAC